CAUCACACACGGCUCAAAGCCGUCCUGUGUGACAGACUCUGCCGGUUUCUCCAGGAUGGCAAAAAGCCGGACAAAAUUUGUCCGGCUUUUGCCAUCAGGGAAAAAUCGGAGUGUGUGUUACAGCCCUAAGGGACCUUUUCCGUCAGGGGGAGGAGCCACGAUACAAGGGGGAGGAGCUACGCCAGCGGGACAGUUGCUCUAGUAUCUACGCCACCAACUAUUACCUUUAGUAAUUAGGUGGCGAGCGAAGCGGAGCGGAGCGAGCCACCGUGCCCGAAGCGUGGCGAGCAUACUUUUCGGGUACCUUGUUCGGCCGUAGCUCCUCCCCCUGGUGACGUGUCUCCUCCCCUAGGUACGUCAGAAGGUCCCUUCUCCCCUCCGAUAUAGAAUCAACCAUGCCGGGACAUGUAGUGUAGAACAGUGGAGGAUGCCGGAACAUGUAGUUUGUUAGGUGACUGUCAUCAUUAAUCUUGAAACUGGAAGAAAGUGUGGAAGUGUCUGUGUCGACCCCUGUCACCGGCUGCCAGCGUCUGGCAUUAGCGGGGACUUAUUUGCCGUCCUCUCCGGGAGUGUCAUGGAGCUAUCAGCGCUGGACACCGUCUGCCUGGCCUCCAGUGUAGCCCUGACCAGUGUCUUCUAUCACUUGUAUCGGCGGCAGCGGGCGGCAAUGAGGCGCAUAGAGGCAGCUCCUAGGCUACAGGUGGGUGCAGACCUGAGGACAUUCAUGGAAUCCUCGCAGAAGUUGUGCUAUUCUGUAAUUGAGGGGAGGGUGGAAGCUGUCGGCACACCUCUAUGCAGCCAGAACCAUCCACAUCUCCAAGCUGUAAUUCAGAGGCAUCAAAUGAUGGAGCAUCGUCUGUUUUGGAACAGCCUGACAAGAAGCUGGAGUGAAUAUGUGCAAGUAAUUCAUGAGAGUGUGAAGUCUGUUCCCUUCCAGCUGUGUCCUCUGGAGGAUAAUGAGGAUUCUGUCCUUGUAUUUAAUCCAUUACAUGCAACUGGUCUCACAUUGGAAACAGUCUAUCAGCAUUUUCACGCUGCAUCUCUUGGUGUAGGUGAGCUGAUUGGACAUUACUUGAGUGGGGAUAAACCCACAGGAAUAUUAGAAACAGAGGCAAUUCUUCCUGUGGGCAGAGUGCUGACUGGUCUCGGACUACUGACCUUGAACAAUGAAGGGGUAAACUUUACAGCCUCCCAAGGAUGGUUCCAAGUAUAUAUUAUCCCUUACUGGAUGUGACGACAUACUGUACCAAGAAGAGUGUGCAGCUUAUUUUUGGAGAGGCGCAGCAUUUAUCUGUGGUACUUUGGGUGCUGUUGUGCUCUGCAUCUCAUUG